UAAGAGGCAGGUCCUUCUACUCAGUGAUCAGCAGCAUCUGCACGUUUGGGUCAGAGGAGGUGGUUGAGUUCGCCUGCAUCACAUUAUCAUUACUUGUAACUGCACAGUGCUGGACGCAAGCAGCAGCUCCUUAAUCAUGGCAGAUCAAGCUUUUGUGACCCUGGCUACAAAUGACCCAUAUGUGAAAGGAGCACUGGUUUUGGCCUCAUCACUGAGACAGUACCAUACUACAAGAAAGCUGGUGGCACUCAUAACGCCUCAGGUCUCGGAAUCCAUGAGAAAAGCACUUGACAAAGUCUUCGAUGUUGUCAGAGUUGUGGAUGUCCUUGACAGUGAGGAUACUGCGCAUCUUACUUUAAUGCAACGUCCAGAACUAGGUGUUACAUUGACAAAAAUCCACUGCUGGACACUUACAGAGUAUGCAAAAUGUGUGUUCAUGGAUGCAGAUACAAUGGUUUUGUCAAAUAUUGAUGAGCUGUUUGAGAGGGAAGAACUAUCUGCAGCUCCUGAUCCUGGGUGGCCUGACUGCUUUAACUCUGGAGUAUUUGUUUACCAGCCAUCUCUCGUCACUUAUAAUAAUCUGUUACAGUCUGCAGCAGAAAAAGGCAGUUUUGAUGGUGGGGACCAGGGAUUGCUAAACAGCUUUUUCAGUACCUGGGCAACAAAAGACAUUAACAAGCAUUUACCCUUUGUUUACAACCUGAGCAGUAUUUCCAUAUACUCCUACCUCCCAGCAUUCAAAGCUUUUGGGGCCAAUGCAAAAGUAGCACACUUUUUAGGAAAAAUCAAGCCAUGGAAUUACACAUACGACAGAACAACAAAGACUGUAAAGAGUGAUGCGUUUGACCCAACACUUGCCCACCCAGAAUUCCUUAACACAUGGUGGGAGAUAUUCACUACAAGAAUCGAACCAUUGUUUACAGAGCAUGGAGCUGCAAAACCUACCUCUGUUAGCCUAAGAACGCUAUCGGGCUUGGUCUAUUCACUGGCUUUCUCUUGUCGCUUCUGUAGAGAGGAGGAUGUUACAGAAGCAGCGUCUCAGUUGUCAUUAGAAUCCAGUCAACCAUCUUCAUCAGAAGAAGAACGAAGGGAGAGGUGGGAACAAGGUCAAGUUGACUACAUGGGAGCAGAUUCAUAUGACAACAUAAAGAAGAAGCUUGAUUCCUAUCUCCAAUAGGAAAUCUUCCUGCACAAGAACAAACUGUGAGGACUUGUUCAAGAGCUGUUUAACACCUUGGGUUAUUAUAGCAAUUUAUUAAAAUGCUGUGACUUUUACUAAAACUCCAGUAGGUGGUUACACUUGAGUGUGGGAAAUGUAAAUUCGGUAUUCUAUAAGUCCAGUUAAUGUGCCAUUGGUCCCUUUCUAUUAGCAUCCAGGUAAUGUGCAGAUCAUAUCUUUUUAGAAUGGUAUAGGUAGUUCUGCUUCAGAAUCUGAAAUAGAACUUGUUGGCAACUUUAACACUGAUACUUGGUUGAAUAUUCCCUUGCUUAAAUUAUUUGCUACCACUCCCACACUGUUCCAUGAUCGUAUUGGAGUGUAUAGGUUUUGAGCAAUGUUGAGUUUGCCUUUCUAUAAAGGAACCCUCAAGUUGCCCUCUGUCCCUCCUGUGAGCAAACUUUUGGUUGAAUAAACUAUUUCUGCUCCUGCCCUCCAUAACCUUCAAGGUUUUAAAACUACUUUGAAGUUAAUUGUAAAUACCUCCAACUUGUUUAGUUCUGUACACAAACUGAUGUCUGCAUUUUCUGAACAAACUGUAACGGCACUAAAUCUAAAUAAAUCAGUUGUGUUCAGUA